UUAUUCGUCAAUAUUACACGGAAACCAAUCGGAUCGCUUCGUUAUUAAAUUAACAUAACUUCCGGGAUUUUGACACACACUGAAAACAAAUUUAUGUUCGGGUUAAUUAUAUGAAAAAAUAAAAGUGUGGGGUGUAAUAAACAACGUGAAGCUGGAUCCACACGCGAGGGUCAAUGUGGACUUUAAACCGUCCAAACGAAUGAAGAAAAGACGGGAACUGGACGCCUUAGUCGGAGGUGGAAAGUCGCGAAGGAAGAACUCGAACAGUGGGCAUGAAUUGCUAAAAUACAACGGGUCUGAAUCUUCAGACGACGACUUCCAGUUAUCUCCACCAAAAGUCCGAGGUUCAGGGUUAUGUUCAACAUGUACAUCAGUAUUCAUAUUCUUACUGCUUGUUGCGUGUAUGCUAGUAUGUGCAGGACUAACCUGGAUGCAUGUAGAGAUGAAAAAGGAUUUGGAAUUACUUAGAAUUAGAUUGCAAGAAGUGGAAGGCAGAGGUAUUGCUGGCACAGAUGAUGUGGAGAAACUAUUCAAACAGAUGGCGUAUGUAAACAAAACCCUGGAUCAACAUAGUAAAUCUCUUGGCAAAGUCACCUCAGAUAUAUCAACUAUAAAUAGAACUGUAUUACAAGUGUCUGGCAGGGCGGAGAAAUUAAGCGAGGGUCUAAAGGCAGCACCAGAACUUAAACAGCUUCCUGAAAAAUUACAGACUGUCUCACAGACAGUGGCAACAAUGGGCAGUGAUGUUAAAAACAUGAAGGAUACAGUAGAUACUGUCUCACCUUUUAUGAAAACCACAACUGAAGAAUUACAGUCACUCAAACAGCAAUUUGAUGCCAUCAAAGAUCAGGUAUCAGACACAGCUGCAGGACAUGACAGAGAGAGUUUGAAACCUGACCUCGCUAAUAUGAUACAGGUAUUAACAAACCAGUUACAGACUGUAAACUCUACAGUGUCUACACAGAUGUCAGUUCUAAUGAAGAGUAAUAGUCAACAUGAAGAGAGAUUACUGAAGUUGGAAGAAGUGAGUGUAAUGCUGAUAAAGAAUUUGUCCAGUCUAUCUGCAGAGCAUACUUCUAUAAAUAACGAACACACAUCCAUUAACAGUGAUCAUUCAUCUAUGAACGGUGAACACAGCCAGAUGGUAGAUGAUUAUACCAGUGAUAAAUUCAAAUCAAGUGUCACAGACAUCCUUCAAAGCUUGCUGACUGGAGAUGAGCAUCUCCCAUCUGCUGGUAACAUUGAAGGUAUUAUGGUGAAUGUUUCAACAGUACUGGCGACUCUUAAAGAUAUGGAGGACAAAUAUGAACAUAUUAGUGAGAAGACUGGUGCAGAUAUUGGUGAUAAUGAAUAUGUCAGUAUGGAAAUGUUUAAAACACUCGGGGAUGGUUUUGAAGCCAAAGUUGAGGUGUUGAACUCGUCGUUUGUCAGCUUGAAGGCUGAUGUAACCACUAUGUCUCAAUUGUUGACCAAGCAGUCCAAUACUGUCACCAAUCUCACACAUCAAGUAGAAGCUACCAAACUAUUUCUGACAACACUGAUGCAGAAAAUUGAAGGCCCAGGUGAGAGUAAGACGCCAACUGUAACGGAGGCACUAAACCCUGUCACAAAGUCAAGUACAACCAAACCUGACAUUCCAGUGACAUCAACGGAUGCUGAAAUAAAAUCUAGUACCAAAGGUCCAAGUACUACCACAAAACAAGGCGGUCAACUACCUGGAAAAAUCCAUGUCAGCUUUAUAACAUCACCAGAAGACCUGGAAUUAAAUUUCCGUAGAUGGGAUCGUUCAGGAAGUGGGCAAGUAAACUUGGCAGACUUGGAUGGUUUUUUAGGACCUGAAACUCCUAAAGAAGAAGAUCUUAAAGAAUUUGAUGAAGAUAAAAAUGGGUUGUAUUCACUUCAAGAAUUUGCAAAGGCAUUUGGAAUAUCACUAGCAACAACAACAGCAGCAGUGACAGAAACAGAGCCAACACCACCACCAAGAUAGAAGACUUAAGAGUUGUUGUUAAUGUUGCCUAGCAACAGUAGAAUAAGUAUUCUGUUACAUAUGUUGUUGAUAUGAAGCUGUUGAAAUUUGAUUUUUUAGAAAGACAACAUAUUUGUGUAUAUAAGAGUAUAUGGAAGAUAUUGAUCUCUAAGUGUUAAAGGUCAUUGAUUUUUUUUAAAAAAGGAAAAAUAUGAAAUACAGGGUCAUUCGUAACUUUUAAAAAUUGGUUAUUUAUAUUAAUAUCAUUUGUUAAUUGGUUUUGAUUUUGAUUUCAUUGCAAAGGGAGAAAGCCAAUUGUCAAGUAUCAAGAGUUAAUCAAUGUUAUGAAAAAGCUAGGCAGUUUUAUGUCUAACUUGCCCGAUAAUAUACAAGGAUAAUAAAUGUUUAUUGUUAGAUAUACUUUCUUUAAUGGUCUUCUUCAAAUUUUUUUUUGUAUGAACUUCAUUGCCCCUAUCAAGGAUGACUAGAGGCUGAACAAAUGUGAGCAUCUUUACCCAACUUUGUAUAUAAUGUUCAUAUGAAUUGUUUAGAUUUUCCAUUUUAUGGACCAACUGUUGUGAAAAUGGAUUAACAUGGGUAAAAGUUUUCUGAAUUUCUCCAGAUUUUUAUAAAGAUUUUGGUCUCUUGAAAGCCACCUUUUUCAAGAUAAAACUCGAAAUUUCAAAACAUAAUUUUUUGAAAUACUAAACUUUCAUUCAAGGACAGAAUUUUACUAGCCAAUAAAUAUGAAAAAUAAAUGCCACCAAUAAAGUCAUACCUUCAUUGUGAAGACAUUACUCAAACAUAAUUCUUUUUUUUUUUCUUAAAUCCAUUUUACAUGUGGCAAAAAAGUAUAAGGAGUGAGUCAAUGUUUGAAAGAAUACAGUAGAGUAUAAGUGCUUUAUAAUCUAUUUAUUGUAUUAGAUAUUUAGAGAAAUAGCAGUUAAUGAAUAUUUUGAAUGUAAAGAUUUAUUUGUUUUGGCAGAGUAUUCAUCUCGGCAUGUGCCAUUUGUUUUUGUUUCAUUUUCAAUUUGUCCCAAAUUUUAGAUUUGUGAUUGAUUGAUUUAAUUGUGAUAAAAAAGCUAUAUAUUAUAGUUGAUAAAAUAAUGUUUUAAUUGAGAUUUUGUUAAUUUUUUGUAAUUCGUUCAUUUAUAUUUUGCUUCUCCAAACUGAACUGAAUCAAUGCAAUUGAAGUAUAUGAUAUGUUCAUAAAUUCUGACCCGUGUUCGGCUCGGUGACUUACUAGUUCUGGUUGUUGAUUUUGAAUCAUUUGCCCUUUUCUGUUGUUGGUUUAUAUCUGGCCAGUGAUAAAUUAUCUCAAAUGCUGGAGAUCUGUAGUUCGUUAAUUGUGUGGUUAAUUGAUCAAGAGCAGGUUGGGGCAAGAGGGAGAUUGAGUAAAGAUCUUGGACCAGUAAAAAUGCAAAAGUUGCAUUUGGGACGGUAUUUGUAUGAGGGUGGAUUGAAAGCGAGGAUUUUGGUAGAGAUUCCCAACAAGUAGAAACUGAAAAUUUGCUAAAUGACUGUAUUUUGUAUUAGUGGUUGGUGGUGAAGGUUGUAUUGAGGGGGUUGGGGUGGAAGGUUGUAUCCUCAUUGAAGGCAGGGUGAAUGUCAGGGUAAGAUAUCCUGUACAAGUAACAAACUGAAAAAUUUCCAUACAACAUAAACUAUAUUGAAAAUGUUUUAACUUUGGAUAACAUCAGUAGUAAAGGUACAUGAGGAAUUACUCAUGCAAAAAAGGAUGUAUACAUUUAUUCAGGUCAUUCAUUUGUAGAUUUUCAAACUGCUUGUCACAAAUUUUCAGUUCAAGUUUAUCAGAUGUGCAAGGCUAGUUUAUUUAAUUGUAGACAUUUCAAACACAUGAGUGUAAUUUAUAUGUUGGCAUUUAACACUAGAUUAGCAGUAACAGUUUAAAAAUGUUAAGUUUUUUUGUUUGUUUUUUUUACAUCCCAAAUUUUACAAUUCAAGGAAAUGUUUAACAUCGAUAAAUAACAAAUCACAAUUCAUAAUAAUUGCAUUUAAGUUUAUUAAUUAUUUAAAAAGUUAUACUAACAUUCUUCCAUGGAGGUAAACUUCAUACUAGUCAUUUUGUUUUUGAUAAAAUGCUUACCAACGAAUUUCUUGUUCAUUGUUUUUCUUUCUUUCAUGUAUUUUAUUAUAUCUUGUAUCGUAUUAAUCAUAUGUAUAAAGUACUUGUACAGAAAAGUAAUUGAUUGCCAAUGUUAUCAUUGCUUAAGUUGACAUACAUAACUUUAAAUGCUUGUUGUUUUCAAAUCAUUUUGCUCAUAACAGUUACUUUAAAGGCCCAUUAUGCUUCAGGAAUGCUUCUAUUUUUAUUUCUCUCAAAAGCUUUUUGUUUUGGGUAAACUUUUAUUGUUAACAAAGAGCUGUUUGUUGGCCAAUAAACUGAAUCAUCUUUUUUUUCUGUUUCUUUUUAACAAUUAGUACAAUUAUAGUAAUUUUGUAUUUUGCAUGGAAGUCAAAAUACCACUUUGUUUACAUUUUGCUUUUUUUAUGACAAAUUGUUUGGCAUUUAGCUCUGCUUUCUUGAGGUAAUAAGCAUUGUAUAUGCUCCAAAAAAUUAUUUUAGCUUUAGAAUGUUCACGUUUUCCCUUUUUAAAGAAUUAAAAAAUUUCUUUCUUUCUGAGGCAUAAUGUAGUUUUGAAUCAUCGACAUUUAUUUCACUGACUUUAUACAUUGUUGAUACACUAUUCCAUUAAGAUUUGGUUUCCAUAUUUGAUCAUGCUAUAUAAUAUAUUGUUAGCUAUAUACAUGUAGUUUGUUUUUAUUUUUAAAAUAUAAGUUUAAAUGCACAAAGCUUACUUUAAAAUACUGAUAAUUCAGGAUAACUUGUUACUAAUUUAAACAAAUUUGCGUUAAAGUGGAUUGGUCUACAACGGGCACAAUUUCCAUAAUUUUUUAAAAUAUCGACAAAAACAAUAGAAAUGUUUUUAUAUGUAUAUUCUUAAAAAAUAUAACUUGAAAAAACAUUUGGAUGAAGUUCUAAAUAAUUUUGUAUGAACAUUUAUAUGAUGGAUAAUUAUAUUUUGUUCAAGAACAUUUUAUAUUCUGCUAUGAAUAAAUAUAAUGAGUCAUGUAUCUCACACUUGCCAACAAUAUCCAUAUAAAAUUCUUAUGACAUUUGUUAUGUCUGAUACUGAAUACAUGAUUAUUUUUUGUAUUACAGACCUUCCUAUAUAGACCAAUUCACUUUAAAUGUACUUCAGUUUCAGUUGCAUGUCAUAAAUUACAAAUAUUUCUUUGAUAAUAUAUGGUACAUGUAUAUCCAAAAAUAUUACAAUACAAACCUGCAAUUGAUUCAACCCAUGCAACCAAAGAUUUGACUCACACGUCUUAACAGUGUGAUCAUGGUCUGCACCGUUUGCUUUACAGUCUGUACUUGUUUUGAAAUUUUCCGUAAAAAUGAUGAAUGCUUUUGAAAUUUUCCCAAAAAGUGAUGAAUUGUUUUGACCAAAUUAAAAGAUAGAAGAGUCCAUUUAAGAUGUUUAGCAUAGUAAGGGUGGGAAUUUCUUUAUUUAAUUGGGUGUGUUACUGCACUUAACUGACAAGUUAUCCUGUAUGAUCAGUAUAUUGUAAAUGUAUCAAGGUUAAGAUUAUGUUUAUUGAAUUAUCAUAUGUUUCUGUGAUACUCAUUACUACAUGAUAUAUCAUUUUGUGUUUUUCAUAUUGUUUCUUGUUAUUGAUUGAGUUGCAUAGACCAAAAUACAAUUUUCUUUUUCAAAAAAUAUAAAAAAAAAUUUCAGCCAACUAUAUUUUGUGAUAGAAUAUAUACGAGUGUGACUAACAGCUCAACCAUAAAUGAUUUCUUUGACAGAGGCUACCUGAUUUAAGGUCUGGGUAUACCUAAAGUGUUUUUCUUAACAAUAGUGUGAAAUGUCAAGAUAAAAAAAAAUGUUGCGGAAAGGGUGUUAUUUCAUUUAUAUAUUAAUGUUAACCAGUGGAUAGGUUCAUAAAAUACAAAAUGCAAAUUAUAUGUAAAAAUGUAGAAUAUACAUUGUUCAUGUGUAUUUGGAAAAGAACAAAAUUCAUCUAAGUGAAGCUUAGACCAUGACAAAUUUUAUUUUUAUGUUAUUAAAAAAAUGGUAAGUUUUAUAAUAACAGGUUUUUUUUUCUGGUAAAUCUGGGUUUAUUUACAAACUUUGUUUACUUAAACAGCUUUAUGUUUUCUUCUUAAUUAUUUCAGUUAUUUCUUUGAAAUUAAAUCAAAGAUUAUUUUAAGAGAUGCAUUGUCUUGUAUCUCAGACUGAGAUUAAAGCUGUGUAUAGAAUUAUUAUACUUGAAUUAUUAUACUUGAAUUAUUAUACUUGAUUUAGGCACUGUAUGUCUCAACUGAAAAAUCAAAUAAUCUUAAGUUGCCAUAGUGCUCAAAGUGAUGCAGUUGAAAGUGUAAAUCCUUGCGCCACCAGUAUAGAGCCAGACCAACCUGUACAUAUGCACAAGGACUGACCAGGUUCAAUACUGUUAGCUCGUAAACUUAACAAAUUUUUCAUUGCAAACUCUCUGGAAUUUGUAUAAGACUGUUUCAUAGAGGAAAUUGGACAAUGAACAAGUCUAGUAAUAAAAUUCAGCAAGGUAAACAUUAACAAAAUGUAAAAAUCCAAAACAAAGUUUAAGAUGAUGACCAGAUUUUGUAGUUGUCUUUUGGGGUGGGGGGGUGUAUUAAUUUUUUUUUUAACCAAAUUCUUUUUAUUUAUUUUGUUAUAUGCAUGUAUAUCUAUUUAUCAUUAAAAAAACUACUGUUGGUCUGUCUUGUACUAAAAAAAUGCAAAAUUUAAUUUGAAUUUUUGAUUUUUUAAAAAUGCCUGGACAUUUGACUUCCUUCUUUUGUUGUUAAGUUCCUUCUUUUGUUGUUAAGUAUUAAUUGCGAUAAUUUUCUUUUUGAAAACGGAUAUGUUAAUGUUUUAACAGUUCUUGUAAGGAGUAGCUUUAAAGGGAAAAAAUGUCUCAAAAAUGCCCUUUUGAUUUAUUGUAAAUUGAGUAAUAUUAUUAUGUUGUUUCUGUUGUUGUUUCAUAACAGAGUUUUAUACUAUGACUGUGUUGUAAAUAGUAUAGUAUAGAAUGUGUACCACAGAUCAUGUUUUGUAUCAUUGCAUUAGUCAUGUACAAUAAGUAAAUGUUGCUUAUGUUCAAAAUUUAUAACGCAUCAGUCAUUGCAACAGUCAUUCCUAAUCCUACCCCCACACGGCCCCGUUAUCCCCAGAACGGUGCUGGGGAUAACGAAGAAAGUUAGCCAUGUUGUUAACCUUUUGCUGUUAUCCAUCGUAUUGACGUUUCAAACAAGUGGCUUUGAUUUUUCAUUCCUGGCUAUACACUUAACACAAAGUAAGGGUUGGGGACAGUGGUGACUUUGGGGUGAAUAAGCAGUGAUCACACCGUUUACAGGCCGUAUUUUCUAAGACAAGUGGGGUGAUAUUACAAGGUAUUCUCUGGUCUCAAGUCCCCGCAAUUCUCCAUGUGUUGGUGUAGUUUAGGUAACAGUCGGCUUGUACACGAGACAUUUUGAUAACAAAAUCUUUAUUUUCUUCAAAACAGUAACGUUUUUACCCUUCACAACAUUUGAAAAUAAAUACUUUCUUCUUUUGUACAGAAAAUCAGCAAUUGUUCUUGAAAAAAAAGUUUUGUAAAGAUGAAUUUAACUGAAUACUGACAAUAUCAUAUUUUUGUUAACAGCUACUGGUUAUAAAUCAAAUUUACAUGUAUAUAGUGUAUGUUGUCACUGUUAAUGCUUUAAAUGCAACAUUGUUUUCUUAUUUAUGAUUCAUAUUACUUAAUAGAUAUGUAAAUAAAGUGGUGAUAAUUAUAAA